UGGUAGGGAGUGGUUGUACGUUCACAUUCGAAGAGGAAAUAUCCUACCUAUCCUGUUUUAGUUGGACGCUGCUACACGUCUUACCUGCUAUAUCUUCUUAUUUUUGGAGAAACUUUUGGACUACAUUUAAUCCCCCUUGUCUGGGAGUAAUCCAUCAUCUUAAACACACUGGCAAGAGAAAAACAUGAAGUGGAGAAAUAUACAGAUUGGACUGAUUGGACUGCUUGUAAUUUUGAUGAUAAAAAGCAAAGGAACAGAGCCAGGAGUGGUGCAGUUCAAAACAGAAAACAGAACUGUCGGAGAGAACGUGACUCUGGACUGCCACAAUGAAAAUCUGCAGGAGAAAAUCAAAUCUGUUGAAUGGAAAUUCAACGAUGAACACUAUGCCCUGGUUUACAAGAGCGGAAACUUUUCUCCCGCUGAUCAGUGCAAACGAUUCAAAGGCAGCGCGUCUGCUGGCGACAGCUGGGAUCUCCGCAGCUGGAACCUCCCUCUGAAAAUCUCAGGGCUGCAGAAAUCGGAUGCUGGGACCUACAGCUGCAUUGUUGUAAUGGGGGAACCUAAAAAAAUCUGCUCUACAAAACUCUACGUUAAUGACACGGUUGAAGGAGAAACACAAGUCCAGCCCCGUACUACGAGCAGCCACAGCAGCUCAACUAUUGGGGUUGUGUUGACUCUGAUGUUGGCCAUGUCUACGUUACUGUACUCUCUGUUCUUCUGAGGAAAUACUGAAGGGUCUGUACGAGAGGAGAGGCAAAAACGGGACAUCUACACAGCGUGCAAAUCAGAGAGACGCUUUUUACUUCACAUAGAUAUUUUGGAUCAGGUGGUCCGGUAAACACUCCUGCUUGGUGCCAUUUAUAGGAAAGUUCUGCUGCGUUCUCCACCUUGACCUCCUAGUUUCUGCAGGUGGCGGCUAUUCUUACCAUGAAAUAAUUAAAGUCUAAUGAACAAUUUGCCAUCAUGUGAAAAAUGAUGCCAUAAUCUUGAUGGUACGCAUUUUAUAUUUGUGUAUCUGUUUUGAUCGUGAUUUUAUGUCCAAGCUAUUGUUGAUACCUCAGGUGAAAGGUUACACUGAAUAACAUCUGUUCUGAAAAGCACUACAUAGAUAAAUGCCUUCUUUAUAUUAUUAUCAAACCUUCAGAUGAAUUAAUAAUUUAUGAACCAUCCGAGCCAUGCUGAACUGUGAUUAUUGUUGAUAUUAAAAUACAUGAUUAAAGGCC